ACAGCCUUUAUGGACAGCCAGCUACUACUAUGUAAUGCUAUCGUCUUCAUAACUUAGAGUACACAUUGUCAGAAUAUUUCGGGAUGGAAUUCCCAGUAGAUUUAUUGGACAGGGUGGAUCCUGAGUACCUAGAACAGUCAGCGAAAGAAUAUAUGUCCCAAUUGCUCUGCAGAAAUCCAGAAACACAUGACUACUUCACCAUACCUGACUCCAAACAGAUAGAGUUGGUCCUCAGAAAUAUGAGCUUUGUCCCCCUCUAUGGGGUUGACGUUAAAAAGAAGGUCCUUGCACUUUUUUUACCAGAAGAGGAUUUUAAAGUUGUUGGACUUUACCUGCUGGGUCAGUGGUGGUCAGUUGAGGACAUUCUUAAGACAGCAGCGCGCUCACGAACAGGACUACACGAGGUCUUAACCACAGGAGAGAGGAUAGUCCUGUAUGUUCUCAACAGAAUUUUUUACAGAACAAAGGAGAUGACCAGCGAAGAUGUCCCAUUUCUCUGUCAUGGAGAAAAUGAAAUUGCCAAAAUCCUUUGGAAAGAUGGCGAGGCAAUUGGCUUUUAUUCAGUCAAAGCUGAGGGCAGUUUGUGCAGUAGCUUUUUGACCCAGUGUUAUCAGCUCCCAGUAAUGGAUACCAUUUUUGUUAGAAAGAGUCAUCGUGGCAAUGGAUAUGGUCUAUACAUGUUAGAGGACUUUGUUGGCAGUUUCAGAAAUGAUUUUUUGGGACUGAAAUAUCCACUUACAACAGCAAUGUAUAAAGUUUGUAAACAAUAUCUCAGCAAAUAUCCAGAAGACCAAGAAUUGCUGUGGGAAGUAAAAAGUAUUGGAGGACCUUUCCAGAGGAAACAGAUAGCUAAAAGGCUACAGGCAAUUGAGCUAAAAGGAAAUCACACAGUUGUGGGCAGACUGAAUUUUGAGUCAGAUAGUGCAGAUGCACCAGUGGAAGACGUGAUUACACAAGUACAGAGGAGAAUGGAGUACACAGAAAAAGUUGUGGAGGAGGUGGUCCAGAUUAAAUUAACAAAAGAGGUUGAGGACAUGCCUGUUACAGCAAGUCAUGGGAGCAACAACAAGCCCAAACGUAGAGAAGACAUAGGAGAGACAACUGAGAAAAUCAAUAGGGUAGAAGGUAUUGACACUGGAGUUCAGUCCCUGGUGGAUGAUCCAGUGUUUGAGGAUGACACAAAUUCUUUGAAUGUAAAAGAGGACACAGCUGUCACACUGACUCAUAAUGUGGUGGGCAUAUUGGACGUCACUCGUCUUCACUGCGAAGAACAGAAAGAAUUGUCCCAUCAACCCAAGGAAUGUGUUCAGGAUGUUCUAAUCCAACCUAUCAAAGCUGUGAUGACUUCGGAGGCACUCCUAAUGAAAACAAAGCCGACUGCUGUUACGGAACGACAGAGCGUAAAGGGCAGUGAGGAUACACGAACUGUAACAGUGUCGGAAACUGACACUGUUCCUGUAGUCCUUCCACCCUUAGAAGUGCAGAAAGUGGUAGAGGCGUCGAUCGUUAAGACGACUUUAGGAACUGUAGAGAUAAAAGAAAACACUCAAGAGGUCACACGGGAUGAAGAUGGGAAACAUGAAGCUGAGCAGGAGAUGUCUGAAGAGAACAUACUAGCUGAGGAUGCAAAAACAAGCAGAGACAUUGCUGCCCUUCAGAAAUCAUGGCAACAGACUCAACUUGAUCAUAAACCAGUUCCUGUUGCCUCAGAGGAUGUUUCAGCUGAAGAGAAAAUAAGCCAACCUGGGACAGGAAAACGAAAAGAUGCUGAAAUAGAAAACAGGGAGGAUACUGCAGUUUUUCCAGCGGAAACAGACGAGAUGCAUUUAGCAAGAGAGUUGCAGAAAGUGGAGGAAAAUGUCCUGCCAAUAUUAAAACUGCAAAAGCAUGAUGUUGUGGUUGCUGAUCUCAAGGAUGUUUCUCCUACACCAGCAGAUAAGAGUGAAGCCUGUGAAAAAAUAUUGCAGUCACAGAAAGAUGAUAAAACUGUAGACAUGACUGUAGUUAUGGAUGAAGAUGUAGAUGUUGAACCAGUAAAGAAAGGAAAAGACAAUGUAGUAGACCAGAUAUCUAGGGUUGAAAACAAGGGUGCUCAAAAAAUAGAAAAAAGGAAUGAUGAGAAAAUUGACUCUGGGGAAGAAACGGCAUCAGAUAACCAAGGAAGAGUUCUAGAAUUCUCUGUGGCAGACUCUAAGAUAAACUAUGUCUUCCCAUUAAGGCCUUCCGGAAAAUUCAAGGAUCAGCCUCCAGAAAACACACUGACAAAAAGGGUUCUGAGAAGCUCUGCAAAAUGUGCCAAGGACCCGUCCAAACAAGGGUAUGGGCAACGAAAUAAUGAAGAGGAUAAUGAUAAUUUGACUGGCUCUAUAAAGGAUAAAGUUGAGGAUGAGAGAAAGGUCGAAAUAGAAUAUUUAUACCCAGCAGUGCAUGUGGUGGCAGGCAUAGAACCUGUAAAAGAGACAAGUACUUUUCAAGAAAUCCCACUGGAUGAAGAAAAACAAACUGAAGGUGCCCACGAGCCAAGUCAAGUUGAUUAUGAGGAAUCAGAUACUCGGACUAAACUGGUGCAAAAGGAAAAUUCUGAUAACGCACACAAGGGAGAAUUUAAAAAAAAAAAAGCUAACAAUCCGUAUUUUGGGAUCUCAAUUCGAUGUUCUAAACGAUUUAAAGAGCAGACUGAGUUGACUGACACCGAUACACAUGAUUUAGAUGAGCUCAGUGAAGAGAAGAAGAAGAUGGAUGGUUGUCCUCAGGAUGAAAAUAAGGUGGAGGAAGAUGUCAGGACUGAGCAAUUUAUAGAACAAGACACAACAACAGACCCAGAUCCUGGAGGUGCUGCAGCAGCAAGCAUCUCUGCAGAGAAACGUCCUGACCUUCAUGAUGCGGACACUGUGAAAGGUGCUAAAGCAGAAGCUGAAGAGAAAGCAGCAGUGCAAACAGUUGAUGAUUCUGCAGGUCACGAGGAAGAACACAGGGAACCAGCUAUAGUGAGGGCACCAGAAAUUAUGGGUGGACAGAGCUUUACGGAGUCAACUUCAAUCAUGAAACCUCAACAAACUUCUAUUGUUCUUGUGGAUUUGAAUAAGGUUUCAGUCAUACCAACAAGUGGGAUUGAGAUUGUUAAAACAGUGCAAUGUCAGGAGGGGGAAAGAGCAAACAAGACCAACACUGCAGUGGAAGAGGAUAAAUUUGAAGAGACGAAGAUAGAGGAGUCCAUAACAGAAAGCCUAGAGUUAAAUGUGGAAAUGGCUGCAGGUAACACCCCAAGGAGGUACAAUGAACAAGAGGAGAAUAUUUUGGUAAAAGAAAAACUGAAAGAUGAUAAACCAAGUGAGCCUGUAGAAGAAAAAUCUACUGCCAUAGAGGCUAAAAAAAUAGCAGAAAAGGAUAACAAUGAGAGUUGCAAAAAACAGAGUGAUGAUCAAGAGAGUAUGAUGCUUGCCCAGGGGGAGGUUGUCCAGAAAAGGUCUGAUAAAGAGCCAUUAAUAAUCACAACCAAAAGUCUUAGACGUAGAACUGUAACAGUCAAAUCUACACCAGAAAGAAGAAAUAAACGGCUCACGAAACCAGGAGAGCAUUUUGAAAAAGUAGAGGCAGAGAAACAAACAGAUGUAAAUGACUCUGCAAACAAAACAGCUUUAACAAAUAAAUGCCCAGAGGAAAACAGUAUGGCUGUGGAGGGUGGCAUAACUGAGAAAAAUGUGGAAGAUACUAAUGAAGUUUCAAAAGUUACUUUGGAGAAACAAUGCAAUUUGGAGGAGCAGGAACUGGAAUCAUCAACUGCUGAGGAAAUGACUGAAAUAGAGUUAAAAGCACUGCAUAAGAUAGCUGAAGGUGGGAUGCAAGAAACUGAAGAUAAAGAAAAUGAGAGGAAGGCAUCAGAUCAAGAAGUAAGUGUUGAGGCAGAGGCUACUACAAAAGAAAUGGACAAGGUGUUAGAGAUGGAGAGUGCUGAGAUGGAAUAUGAAAAUAUCCAGAAUAAAGAUGAAGAGAUGAUUUCACUUGCAGAGGACAGCAUUGCCCUGGAAAAGGAAGCAGCAACUACAAGUGCAGCAUAUGUGAAAGCAACGGCAACCACAGAAACAGUUCAAAAGAUCAGGAAAUCUGAAAACACUGAAGAUGAAAAUGAUAAAAGGGUGAAUGAAUCUGGUGAGGAUGACACUGACCUCAGCUCAGAUCAAGAAGAGGCAGUCAUCAUCACAAAGCAUCUCAGACACAGAACAAUAAUAACUAAGUUUCCACUUCGAGGAAAACCUGUACCUCUCUGUAUGCAAGUGGUGCAUACAGAGAAAGCACAGGCUGAGAAGGAAGCAGAAAUAAAUGAAGCUUCAAAUGUACAAGAAGCAGAAGAAAGCCAGAACCAGCCAGAGAAGAGAGACUUAAGGAGAACAGAGGAAGAAUCCGAAGACAAGUUUGGAGAUGGAGAGGCAUCCUCUGAUGUGAACAGAAACAAAGUCAUUUCAUACGAGCAGGAAGAGAAAAACAUUAAUGAAACUGAUGCAGCAAUGGCAGAAGUGUUAACUGAUAGGGAAAAACAAACAGGGGAAGGAGAAACAGAGGAGAAGAUGAAAAACAAUGUGACAAACAAGAAAUCGGACAUGAAACUCCUGCGAGAUGGAAAGCACCUAACAGAUGACAAUGUGGAGAAAAUAGAAUCAGAUAGAAUCAGCAAGAGAAAAGAGAAGCUGGGCCUUGGAAACCCUGAAGAGAAAAAGGGUCCGGAGGAGAACAUUCUGGACAAGGCAGAGGAGCAGAUGCUUGAGGAAAUGUCUGAGGGAAAGUCUAAGAUAGAAGCAGAAAAGCAGCUUGAAGAAAAAAAGGAUAAGAAACACAUUUCCACUGCAGAAGAAAUCCUUCAUGAUGUGGAAGAGGGAAUACAUCAUGGAAGAUGGACACUAAGAAAAAGAACAAUAACAAUUAAAGCCAGCACUGAAAGGAAAUCCAAGCGUUUCUGCAAACAACUUCUGGAUGAAAACGCCAGGCAAGCAGAGGGAGCGCAUACUGGAGAUCUUUUAUUUGUGCAAAAGCCAGAAACGGAGCAGACCAAUUUGAAGUCAACUGCAGAAGCCACAGCUCAAGGUGAUGAUCAAGAAAAAAUAGAUGAAAGUGGUAUAGGUAGAGAACUAUCCCAGACGGCUCAGGAUUAGGAAAAACUAAGAGGGGAAGAAAUAGAGAAAGAAGUGGAUGGAGGUCAACCAGUCCAGUUGAGAAGGAGAUGGAGAAAUCACAGGGGAAAAGAAAACACAGUCGGGCUAAAGCCUCGUCGAUCUAAACGACUUGCAACUCCAAAAUGAUAUAAGUAAAUGCAGAGUUUGAUAUACAUGGCUUAAGGGAGCAAAAUAGCGUACCACAAGUGACAAAUAUUCUAGAAAAUGCAAGCAGUGUACAGUUUGGUUUAAUACUAAACAUGAUGGUGUUAAGCAUAACCUAAUGGGUAAUUGAUUCCAGUAACACACAAAAUGUUAAAUGGGAUGCACACUUGUUCUAUAUUACUUGCUUUAAAUAUAGUUAAUAUUGCAAUAUAUAGAUAUAUUUUCAGCCUUUUCUUUUCAUGAAUGUAAAAUCCCAAAUACUGUCUCUACAUUUGUGCCUGUGAAUACAUUUAGAUAAAAACGGAAUAUAGAAUGCAUUACAUUAUAUUCAACAUAGAAGCACAAAUAGUCUAUUUGUAUUUAGCUGCCAGAACUAC